AUGAUUAACCUGCAAGUGCACCAACUGCGAAGCCCCAGCGAGGUGGACCACUGCGAGUGCGGCAACCUGCUGCACGAAAAGAGCCUAGAAUUUGUCCUAGUGAAAAAUAAAAACCUAAGCAUAUAUACCUACCAAAAGGAGAGAAAAAAAAAUCACCUUAUAUACGAGACAAAGCUAAACGCACCAGUUGUGAAGCUCCUAAUAUUAAAGAAUGUCUUUCUGCGAAAAAACAAGGAAAGAAUUAGUGGUGUUUUGCUUGUAUAUAAGGGGAUGCAUUUCGUCCUCUACCGAUUCAACCGUCAUUUGAAUACCCUUGUGGUUGUUUUAAAACACAGCUUUAUAAAGAAGGUAAACUUUCAGUCGCUUUUUUACUCAUUACCGGUUUCUGUUAAUUAUGUGCACAAGUAUGAUAAGGGGGGAGGCAGCGCCGCGGGGAGGAGAAUCCGCAUCGGCGGAAGGAAAUCCGUCAUGGGCAUCACCAGGAGGAGGAAAUUCAAAUUGUCCUCCAAACGGAUGAAAGGGUGUAUUCCAGGAUUACGCCAAGGAGGGGAACUCCCCCAGCAAGUAGUGCCCACGAAAAAGCGAAAGGGAAAAGGAACAGGUCGAAGGAGGAAGGCAGCUCCGGUUGGAAAGCCCACCAAAUCGGAACUCAACUCACAAAACGGUAUUAACGACGAAACAUAUUUUAACCCUUACGGUGAGAGGGGAAGAAGUGACGACAUGGAAGACCCUUUUUGGCUAGAUCGACCCGUUCCAGAGGACAUCAACAUUGGGGAUACUUAUAAGCAGACCCUCCGAAUUGGCCAAAAUGGACAAGCCAAAAGGAGGAAGCGAAGUUUGAAUUUUUGCGAAUUCGUUGUUUCCUUCUCGAGUGACUUCAAAACGAUUUACUUCCUUUUCUACUCAUCGAGGAGACGGAGGAAAAAUGGUUUGGACCCGACUUGUGCUGGAGAGAUGAAGACGAUCUACUUUGGGAAGGGCCUCUACCUGUUUAACGUUAUGAAAGUUAACCUGCAGGACCUCUAUCGGCAUUUUAUUUUUAUUAAAAAGAUUUUUUUCCAUGGCGGGAAUAUCCACGUGUUGCUGCAGAAUGAGCCGGUCAACGUGGGACACGCCACACUGGAAGAACUGAGCCUGAAGAUGCUAAUCCUACGGCAGGAGGAUCACAAGUUUGACGCGAACAAGCUGAUCAAGGGGUUCCCAAACGGUACUGUAGACCUCCUGCGGGUGAAGGAGCUCCUAAUAUGUCUCUGCCAGGAUUAUAUCUACCUACUAAACAUGAAAAAAAACCAAAAGGUAAUUUAUAUUUUUAAAAAAAGUGGUUACACCAAUGGGGUUCUUCACUCGCAAAGGAAGGAAACUCUGUUCUGUGAUUGCACAGAUUUUAAUGUGCGCUUCAAACAGAGUAGUAGCAACAUGUGUUACAAGAAGGGGAAGCUUUUUAUACUGACCAGGAGGUGUGUCCUGGAAGGGACCCUAUCAAGGGAUCAUAACAAUUUGGUGAAUCUGAUAAAAUGGAGGAAGGUUCACACGUUCAAGUAUGAUUUAGCUAAGUUCUCUGUUUAUUUCUUUGGAGGGAGAGUCCACUUUGUGUGCUGCUACAAUGGGCUCUGUGGUAGAGCCGACGUGGAUUUGCUCGUGAGGAAAAGGCGGGGAAGACCCACCAGGGGUGAACCCAUCAGAGGAUCCUCGAGGAAGAGAAAGGCAGCUCCCCCUGCACAUGCAAUGAAGAGGAAGAAGUGUGAUGAGGGAUCCCAUAUCAGGGACGUGCCACCCGAUAUGGACGUUCUGUCUACAAAUGAAGAUCCCCUAAUUGCGCCUUCCCCCGUUCUAACCAAUCGUGGAAACCCACCACGAGGGGCCAAGAAGGAACGACCGAAUGACAACUUCCUAAUGGACCUCCUAACCUACCUGAACAAAAACCCAACGGUGAACGAACACACGAAAGGACUCAACCACAGCAAGUACGACUUCCUAUUUCAAAAAUAUAAAAAAAAAAUAAAAAUUUUGGAAGGAAAUUAUUCCUUGAUAAAUGCCCAAGGGGGGGUCGAGUACGUACCUUCCCUUUUCAUCCUUAAGAGAAGGAAGAAAAAAAAGCGGGAAAAAAAAAUGGGAACCCACCUCCCCCAAGGAAAUAACCCCCCAAAAAAAGAAGUAAUAACCAUAGUGGAUAAAAUAUGCUCCAAAGGGAUGCUGACAGAUUUGGUUAAAUCGAAUGAGGAACCCAACCUAAUCAACAACAGCGGCUACUUCGCCCUUAUAGGGAAUAAAAAAUUUAGCAGCAUUCAGAAAAUUUUCUUCAAAGUUCCUUUUACAACUCUCUUAAAUGUGUCCUUCGGAGGAAUCUGUGUAAAGAGUGUGUGUGCCAGUGAGGGAGGAAGAAGGAACAGCAUCCGUCAGUAUGUUAUGAUUAACCUAGAAGAAUGGAAACCCGAGGAGGGUGAAGACAAUGGACUGAUAAGGAGGAGCCUCCUCCUAUGCGUAGACAACCUUAACGCAUGGAGACAGAAAAAGGGGACAAUCACAAAAAUGACUCCUUCGAAUGGGAACAAGGAACUACCAGUGGAUGAACCAACAAGUAAUGGGUUGCACUCGUCUGACGUGGGGGACAACCCAAGGGGAUCCCUACUUUGCAAUCAUCGGGCCAAAGUUAUAUAUACGCUAAGGGGAGACAGUCUGCAGGGGCAACCAUUCGACCACGUGGAGUUCCCUCCAACGGGCACCGCCAAGGCGAACGCCUUUCUUGCCUUUUUUAGAUCCUACCCGUUUGUUCAUUACAGCAAUAGGGAUGUGAAAAGAUACCUGGAGGAGGGGGGUUCCAACCGUGGGGCGGACCAUUCCGUUGGCCGAGUAGACGAAUCGGAUGAAAGGAUCAGCAGUCACAUCGAAGCUGAAUUAAAAGAAAAGUACGUGCAGUUUUUCCUCAUGGAGAGAGAAAAAAAUACUCACUUAAGUAUGGAAGGGAAUUGCAUAGCUCUGUUAAGGUUUAAGUCUUUACUAGUGCAGGUUUGCCAGAAACAGAUCAACGUGUCUCUUUACGCCAACACGUGCAUGGUGCUUCGCAACAUCUGUUUGGAGGACGCCGUGGUGGAGUGCAAGCUGGUGAGGAAGUUUUUAAUUCUUCGACACGAAAGUGGUAGCUGCUCUGUGUACACCUUCCACAUAGACGCAGUGACAGACCUGUUGCUGCGGGUGGGUGAAGUCACGUCGUUACUUAACAUGUGUCUGUUACGUUGUCUAGAUGUGGACAGUGGGGAACAGGAAAUUAACCUCCUCCAGUUUGCAACUACCGUCAUGGAGGGAGAACCUUCCCCCUGGAAUUGCACCAACAUAAAGGAGCAAGACCUGCUUUCCAUUUUUCUGACCCAAACGCCAGACCUGUUUUGCGAAGUUGUAAAAAGGAUGGGUGACUCAAACGUAGGAGAAAUUAUCUCCUUCUACACCCAGUUGGACAACGUCCGCUGUAUUUCCACGGUGAAGAGGAGAACCCAGAGUCUUCUCGCUUUUCUGGAUGACUCCAACUGCACCCUGCGUAUUUUCCACCUGGAGAAGAGACGCACCCUUUUUAUUAGCAACGCUUUGUUAGAUGUGCCCAAGUAUCUGUACAACGCGAAACGCUACAAACGUCACAAACGUUACAAACGUCACAAACGCGAGAAAAUAAAAACAGAGGAGGGAGAGGUGCCCCCCGGGGAACUCCUCCUCGACACGUAUAAACUGGAGGAGGUAAUAAAUGUGCUCCUCUUCCCACUAGGCCCCAACUACGUCUUAAUCGUUUUCCUAACGGGGAGACCCAUCCUGAUCUACAAAAGCGUUCGCGAGGUGAGAAACGUAAUCAGAUUGAAGUUCCAGGUGGUCACACACAGGUAUACACAACCCCUACUCAGUAACGUUCAUUUUGUGAAGGACCCCAAUGGUGGAAACGCACAAGUUGUCACCAUUUCGCGUGAUAAGGAAGAGAUGAACAACGGUUUCUUCCUCCACAUUGAUGGGAAAAACAAGGGAAGGACUAAAGAGGACAGAGUAGGACUUCAAAUGAAGGAGAAAAAGAAGAAGAAAAAAAAACUAUCCAAUUGCAUAGUAGGUUAUCCCCAUGUGGACAUCUCCAAGGUGGACUUAAGUCACGUGACUGGCAAUCAGCAAGAGCAGCUUUAUCAGAAGGUCCGUUCGUACAACGCAUCCUUCCCCCCUUUACUAUUGUCCAAUUGUAGGGGGAAGCUAUUUGUUCACCGCUGCGGUGGGGAGGGCGAAAUCGCACCGGAGGGACAACCCAAGGGUAUGGUAAAAAUUGACGGUAAUGCGUUCCUCAGGGUUGAACCAACGGGCCUUCGCAUCGUUACAAUUGGGGAAGAAGAAAAAGUAUGUGCAGCAGGUUCGGAACGACCUGGCCUAAAUGACCUCCUUCAGCGCGAAUCACAGUUAAACCGUGACGUUGCGCAGACGCUAAGUGGGGCUUCUCCCCCUUUGGAGGUGAUCUGCCACCACAGCAACGUCGACAAGGUACAAGUACAGAAGGAGGUGUUCCUUGUGAGAAGACCCCCUCCGAAUAAACUCUCCUUCAACGACGACUUCGUCUCGAAGCUCUUUUUGUCCUACCCGUACGUUUGUAAGAUUGCCGUUUCGCAGUUUGAGUACUUUCUGAAGAGGGGGAAACGACACCAAAAAAAGGGGGCGAACAAACCAACGGAAGACACGGAGCAAGACAAUCACCCAGUUGCACCUAACCAACAGGGCGAACCCACCGAAACGGACCCACCCUUGCACAGCACCACCCGCGGAAAGAUCAUCUGUGCCGUGGUCCGAAUGAAAUAUGAGGAAUACCACUGCCUGAAGAAGCUACAAAAAAGGAGACUAAAUUUGCAAAAAGACGAAUUGCGAAAUAACGUUGCAUAUGCAGGGGAGGAAGAAGUGCAGUGCGUGCCAAAUGUGCACUUGCAGGACAGCAUUAACAACCAGUACACGCACAAGCUGAAGGGGUUCCUCUGCGGAAACGACAACGAAAACGGGGAGGACGUAACGACAAAGAAAGACGAGCAGAUGAUCAGGAAGAACAACAAACUGAUUUGCUCUGCGAAAACGAAUGCAAAGUUUAGUAAGUUACUCCUCCUACACGAGUGUAAUAAAAAACGAAUCUAUGGAUACUACACCUUUGAGCACAGUGAGGAAGUGCACUGUGUUUCCUUCGGGUGUCUCCACGGAAAGGAGUACAUUUACGUGAGCACCAGCUUAAAUAUUGGUGAGAGGGUCGAAACGCAGGGGAACAUCUACGUGUUUGACUUAAGCGGCGUGUUCGUGCGGGUGGGGGAGGAUCCCAUCGGGGAGAAUCCCAACAGGGAAAAUCCUACCAGGGAAGGAGAAGCAACAACGGAAGGAAAUGAAGAGGGCGAAUACCCCCCCAUUGGGAAGAGCAAAAAAGGAAAGCUAUCCCUAUACAUGAAAAAGACGUAUAACAGCUCAGUGACGCAGAUCCACCCGUUCUACAUGCACAGCGAGGGUUUCCCAAAUGGGGGGUUGGAUAGUGCCCUCCAAAGCGUCAUCCUCAGUAAUGGGGGUGACACGAACCAUUAUGGUAAGUACGGGGAAUUACUCUCACCAGCAGAGGGGGAAGUGCCCUAUCCCCACGGUAAUAGGAUUAUAACAACGGGAAGGACGAACCGAAAAAGCAGACAUGUCGACCCAAACGUACACUGCAACAUCCUGCACUGCAUGAACUCGAAGCUUUUUAUUCAUGAGGUGAAUCAAAACGACUUUACCAAAGGUGCCUUCCUGGACAACAAUUUCUACAUCAGUGAUGUAAAAGUCGUAAAAAAUUUUUUCAUCAUAGCAGAUCUGUAUAGAGGUAUAUUCAUAGACAUGUAUAAAUAUGAGCAACAGUACGAUAGUAGAAGUAUCAUCCCUAUAGCGAAGCCUUUUUUUAGCGCAAAUUUAAAUGUCCUCUGUUGUCAAUACAUCGUUUUGGACUCUUCCAUGUGUAUCCUCGCCAUGGAUGUCUACAACAACGUUCUCAUCUUUUCGUUCAGGAAUUACCAAUCUGUGGAUACUUUAUACAUUUUUAAUUUUUUCAAUUUUUGUAGAAGAAUACUUAAAUUUGUGAAUGCUGUGCAUCCAGAUCGGAGGUCCAACUCUGCUCUGUCCAUUUCGAACGACGGAUCUAUGCAUUUGUUUCACCCGGUUGGAAGCAAAUCGUUUACCUUCCUGAGGGAAACUUACAAAUUGGUUAGGACGUCCCUCUUUCCCCACUUGGCUGUCAAUACACACGCGGAUUUGACCCCUGAUGUUUUCACCCAGUCGGUCAGACUUAACCUCCACAGGAAAACCGACUCCUUCUCGAUCAAAAACGUCCUCUUCGAUGACAUGUUACGGCAACUCCCCUUUUACUCCGCCCAAGUGCUUCACGAAUUAUUCCUCAAAAGGGCCAACCUCCUGGACCACAUAACGAUAGGGGAACUCCUAAUCGAGCUGAGUUCCUUGAACGAACGGUAA